AAGACAGAUGAGCCGACAUUCAAUUGAGUCCAUGAACAUAGAUGUUUCCUAAGCUCUUGAGCUCCCCUAUCUCAUCAACUGACGUACAUUUCGAGUUUCACUCAUCAUUCUUCAAUUCCUUUUAAAUCCAAACAUACAGUCAACUACUACAAUCACCAAUGGAUCCCUGCCCAUUCGUACGUUUGAUUGUCGAAUCUUUGGCUCUCAAACUCCCACUUGCCGCCCCUAAACCAGCCGGUCCGGGAGUUCAUCCAUCCGCCACUCCAUGUUUUUGCAAGCUCAAGAUCAAGAAUUUCCCUUCACAAACUGCUCUUGUACCGCUUUCCACAUCUCCCAACGACUCUCCACCCGAAUCCUCUACCUCCGCCUUGGGUUUCCACCUCGACGCUACCGCCAUCCGCCGCCUCUCAGCCAAGCCCGUCACUCUUCGCGUCUCCGUCUACACGGGUCGCAUGGGUAGCUCGUGCGGCGUUAACUCCGGCAAGUUGCUGGGGCGUGUACACGUAAUUAUUGACCUCUCAGGAGCUGAGUCUAAGCCAAUUGUGUUCCGUAAUGGGUGGCUGAAGCUGGGAAGUACUGAGACUGAAAAGCCUUCGGCUCGGCUUCACUUAAUGGUCCGGGCUGAACCAGACCCCCGGUUUGUUUUUCAGUUUGGCGGGGAACCGGAGUGUAGUCCUGUCGUUUUUCAGAUUCAAGGGAAUAAUAAUAUCAGGCAACCUGUUUUCAGCUGCAAGUUCAGUGCUGACCGAAACUCAAGAUCCAGAUCUCUGCCAUCAGAUUUUACCAACAAUAACGCCAACAAUCGAGGAUGGAUGAGAACGUUUUCAGGCGAAAGAGAACGACAAGGAAGGGAGCGCAAAGGAUGGAUGAUAAUGAUAUACGACUUAUCUGGCUCUCCAGUGGCAGCCGCCUCCAUGAUCACUCCAUUUGUUCCGUCACCAGGAUCCGACCGCGUGUCCCGUUCAAACCCUGGCGCAUGGCUGAUCCUCCGACCUCACGGUUUCUCCGUAAGCAGUUGGAAACCAUGGGGCCGUCUCGAAGCAUGGCGUGAGAGAUGCCCGAUUGAUGGGUUAGGUUACAAGUUUGAGCUCGUUACCGAUAGCGGCCCUAACAGUGGAAUCUCCAUUGCUGAAGCGACAAUGAAUGUAAAAAAGGGAGGCCAAUUUUGCAUUGAUAGUAGGAUUAUGAGAGAUUCUUUAGUGAGUUUAAGAUCUCCAGUUAAAGGAUUCGUGAUGGGUUCGAGUGUAGAAGGUGAAGGAAAGGUUAGUAAACCUGUGGUACAAGUUGGGGUGCAGCACGUGACUUGCAUGGCGGAUGCUGCACUGUUUAUAGCACUUUCAGCCGCCAUUGAUCUGAGCAUGGACGCUUGCAGACUUUUCUCACAUAAACUUAGAAAGGAGCUUUGCCACGAUGAACAAGAUGUCUUCUCUUAA